AUAUUCCACCCACUUGUUUCCCCUUUGUCCGAGGCUGAUGCCAUCAUGUGGAGUGAACCAUUUACAGGAAAGGAAAUGCUCUUUCAUUGCUUGCAAAGAAAGUGAAAGUAACAGUGCUCUUUCUAAGCUGGACAUGGCUGCUUCUGCUGCUGCUGCUAGGGAUCCCCUCCAGGAGGAAACCACUUGUUCAAUUUGCCUGGAGUAUUUCAAGGAUCCUGUGACCAUAGAAUGUGGGCACAAUUUCUGCCAAGCGUGCCUGACCCAGUGGUGGAGGGAGUCGGGGAAUGUGGAGAUCUCCUGCCCUCAGUGCAGAGAAAAAGUUCUGCAAAGGAAACUCAGGCCAAAUCGGCAGUUAGCCAACCUUGUAGAAAUCACCAAGAAACUCAGCCUUCAGGGGACUACGAGAGCAGAAGGCAAGGAGAGAGUCUGUGAGAAACACCAGGAGCCCCUCAAGCUCUUCUGCAAGGACCAUGAAACUUCCAUCUGUCUGGUGUGUGACAAGUCAAAGGAGCAUGAAAACCACAAGGUGAUUCCUCUGGAGGAGGCCUCGGAAGCAUACAAGGAUCUAAUUUUGAAUUUGAUGAAGACUCUGGAGAAGGAGAGAGAGAAAAUUUUGGCAUUCAAAGCAAAGACAGAAGAGGAAAGCCAAGGUUUGAUUAAGCAAACAAAAACAGAGAAGGAAAAGACUGUACUUGCAUUCAGACGAAUGCGCCAGUUUCUAGAAGAAAAAGAGAAGCUUCUGCUGGCCCAGAUGGAAGAGACAGAGAAGGAGAUUUCAGCCAAAAGGGAGGAACAUCUGGCCAUCCUUUCAGAGGAACUCUCCUCUCUUGAGGGUCUCAUCUGGGAGAUGAAGGAGAGGCAUCAGCAGCCGGCAAGUGAACUCCUCCAGGAUAUUGGAAGCUUCUUACAAGGGCAUGAGAAGAAGAAGUUUGAGAAUCCUGUGGCUUUUCCUCCUGCUCUGAAAUGGAAGAUCUGGGACUUCUGUGACAUGAAUCCCUUUCUGGAGGCUGUCAUCAAGAAAUUCAGAGACACUCUGGAAUCUGGACUUCAGCAGGAAAAAGCAAAGGUGACUCUGGAUCCAGAGACAGCACAUCCUCAUCUCAUCUUCUCUGAGGAUCAUCGAACUGUGACAUAUAGAGAGAAACCUCAAGAUCUUCCUGACAAUCCUGAGAGAUUCUACCCAAACCCUUAUGUGCUGGGCUGUGAGGGAUUCACAGGAGGCAGGCAUUUUUGGGAUGUUAUUAUAGGAAGUGAGGAGGGAUGGGCUGUGGGAGUGGCCAGGAAAUCUGUGGAAAGAAAGGACUCCUUCUUCUAUACUCCCAAGGAAGGGAUCUGGGACAUGGGGAAGUGGGCAAAUGCAUACAGGGCCUAUGAUCCCUCUGAUGAUCUUGUUCUGACCCUGAAGGAGGAGCUCAAGGUGAUCCGGGUGACCUUGAACUGUGAAGGGGGUCGGGUGGCCUUUUACAAUGCAGACACAGCAGACCUGAUCUUUGAAUUCCCUCCAGCCUCUUUCUCAGGAGAGACCCUCCUCCCCUCCUUUUAUGUGGUCCAUAAAGCCCACCUGACACUGUCUCCAUAAGGCUGGAGACCAGUCUCCAAAAACUCACAGCAGAAAAAGGAGCUUUAUCCUCUUGAUCUGGAUCUCUUACUUAUUUCUGCUCUCUUGCUGGAACCCCCCCCCCCAUACACACACACACACACACACACACACACACACAGGCUUUGACAGGGACAUAGCUAGGAUUUUGGGAAGAUGGGCCCAGACUAAGAGUCACCAUUUUGAGAGGCUAAGAGCCCCAUCCCCAACACAGAAAGAGGGUGGAGUGUUUACCUCAGGAAAGGAAAAGAAGAGAGGAGGGGGCUAUUCCCCUUCAGCCCAUUGCCAAGGGUUCCUCAGGGAAAGGAGAGGCAGGGGAAGGAAAAAUAAAACACGCCAGGGCAGGGAAGUUUUUGAGUCACAGGGACGUAGCCAAGGGGGGGGGGGUUC